GGGAGCCGCCCGCGGGCCGCACGCGCAUGGACGGCCGCGCGGAGUUCGGGCGCCGGAAGGCGCAGAGCCUGGGCAAGGCGGACCUGAGCCGCAAAGGCAGCGUGGACGAGGGCGCCGUGCGGGUCGUGCAGCUCCUGAACUCGCGGGAGGAGUUUUUCACCACCAGCUCCUGCGCCGGCCGGAUCCUCGUGGUGGACGGGAGCGCAAACGACUCUGGGGUCCAGAAAAAGCACUGUUCCUGGCUCCUGGUCACACACGAACCUUGUGCAAAAGAUGACGUGAUGGCAGCUCUGAAGGGCGCGGCCAACAAUGCUGUCCUUAAGUUUGAACCAUUUAUCCUCCACGUGCAAUGCCGGACGCUGCAGGACGCACAGACCCUGCACUCAGUGGCCAUUGAUUCUGGCUUCAGGAACUCUGGCAUCACCGUGGGGAAACGAGGGAAGACCAUGCUGGCUGUCCGGAGUACACAUGGAUUAGAAGUUCCAUUAUGCCAUAAGGGGAGACUGAUGGUGACAGAAGAAUAUAUUGAGUUCCUGUUAACUGUAGCAAAUCAGAAAAUGGAGGAAAACAAGAAAAGAAUUGGAAGGUUUUAUAACUGCCUGCAACAUGCUCUGGAAAGGAAAACCAUUUCCAGCUCACAUUCUGAGAUCAAAGAGAAAAAUAACCCACUUUGUACUCAUAAGAAUAAAAGGAGCCAAGAGAAAGCACGUGACCCAUCUAUUACUGAAGACCAUGAAAAGGAACUGGAAGGUGGUGAUGGCCUGGGGAUCAGUGCCACAUUCUUCUUGGAGGGUGACUAAGGUUUGGCACUGACGGCGUCCGACACACACUAUUUUUAAGUAUAUUAGGAGGCACUCCACAAAUAAACUUACAGCUUUUAA